GACAGUAUGAUGGAUACUAAUCUUCAAAAGGAUGAUCUCACAGGAACAAUUAAGUUCAUACCUCCCCUGUACAAACAACGUUACCAAUUCAUUAAAGAUUUAGUGAUUAAAUACAGACCUAAGAAGGUUGCAGACUUGGGAUGUGCUGACUGUACAUUACUCUGGAUGCUGAAAUUCUGCAAAUGCAUUGAGGUGCUAGCUGGGCUAGAUAUCAGGGAGAAUGUGAUGAAGGAGAAAAUGCAUAGGUUGUCUCCCCUUCCUGCUGAUUAUCUGCAACCAAGUGAAAGAUCUCUAACUGUGACCCUGCAUCAUGGCUCAGUUGCUCAUAAAGAUCCUUGCAUGCUUGGUUUUGACUUGGUAACAUGCAUUGAAUUAAUAGAGCACCUGGAAGCAGCAGAACUGGAAAAGUUUCCAGAAGUGGUAUUUGGUUUUAUGGCUCCAGCCAUGGUUGUAAUCAGCACUCCAAACUCAGAAUUUAACCCUUUGCUCCCAGGAGUGACACUGUUCAGACAUUCAGACCAUAAAUUUGAAUGGGACCGAGCACAAUUUCAAAGUUGGGCAGUAGCUGCAGCUACUAGCUAUGAUUAUACAGUGGAAUUUACUGGACUUGGGACCUCACCACCUGGAACUGAGGAUGUUGGGUUUUGUACCCAAAUAGGUGUGUUUGUGAGAAAAUAUCCAAAGAAUGGUGAAACUGUUAACUCUGAGAAACACACAGAACAUGCUUACAAAACUGUUUUCAAGGCAGUGUACCCAAGUCUUAAAGAUGAAAAGUACCUACAGAAUGCAGUGGUCAGUGAAGUUCUUUUCGGAGCAGACAUCAUUAAAAGACGACUACUGGGCAAUUUCAAGUCUGAGUGGAAGGAGCAUAGUGAUGGCCUUGAGACAAAAUUCAAAUUCCAGCCAUUUAAAUAUUUCAUGAGGCGUUCAAAGAACCUUCCUCUAGCUGAAACUGAAAAACUUGCUGCUGAUAGAAGCAUGGAGCCAUUCAUUGAUGGAAACACAGUUUAUAUACCUCUGGCAAAAAUCUUUUCUAUUCCCAAAGUGAAUCAACUUUGUGGCACCUUUGAGAAGUUAAGCAAGCUUAUUGCUGGCAAAGUAGCACUGAGCAAUGAUGGUUCUGCUGUGAUAGUCACUAUCGAAUAUGAAAAUGAAGAACAAGAGAAUUAGAAAACACUUCAAACUGUGGUGACAAAGAAAACCUUGUUAGUAGAUUCAUGCCGAUGUUAUUUCUAUAUAGUGACUAGUUACCGUACUCACUUAUAGUAUUUUUUUAGUUUUAAAUAUUUCCAGCGGGACCUAGAAUUUUUGCUUGUUAAAGGCAGCACCUUUAAGGAUUAUAGGGCAGAUUUUCAAAGGCACAAAAGGGAGCAGUUAGGCAUCCAACUGCCAUUGAAGAGCAAUAGUUUAUUUAGCCAUGUUUUGUUUGCUCUCCCCUUAUUUAUCUCUCAAGUAUCAUAAUUACACACUUUUAGGUAUGUUGGGAGUAUAUAUACAGAUUUCACUAGCUGUAACUGAGUCCCCCGAGACUAGUCAUGUGAAUGGUAGUGUAGUAGAGCACUACGGCUUCACCACCUAUCUAGCUAUAGGUUUCACAUAUUGAUUCUAAUGCUAAAACCUAGACAACAGUUAUAAUUAUAGCAUAUGUCAGCUAUAAAACAAGCUGUUGGGUAAGGAGGACCAAAAUGUUAAUAUUUUUGGUAAAAUUUACCUACAUUUUUUUGUUUGUAAGUUAAUUUUUUUUUUUUUUUGGUUCAAAGGGUGAAUGUGAAGACAGAGAAAUGGAAAUUCAGAAAGCCUAUCUUAUUGAUCACUGUAUAGUGUAGCUGGAAGAGAAAUAA